AUGGAAGCAAUAGACGCUAACGAGUAUUUAAUACAGUUCUUAGGAAGUAUUGAUAAUCUUCCUUCAGAAAUUCAUUAUCACUUCUCUGAACUAUCAAAUAAGGAUCAAGAAAUUGAACGAUUGAUGGAAAGAAUUGAACGUCGUAAAAAGCGAUUGUGGAAUUUGUAUGAUGAUCUUCCUAUUGAUGAAGACAGCGAUUGCUCUGUCGUUGAAAACGGCGAACAAAUUAUAAAGAAACGACGUCGAGUAACACGAGUUGUUACCGAAUUCGAGGAUGAAGAAAUGCUGAAAGAGAAAAUAAUUAAAGAUUAUGUGAGGGCAGCGCAAUUGCAAGACGAGAAGGUCGAGAUUACCGAAAGGACUUUUGCAUUGGUUGAGAGACAUAUUAAACGUCUUGACGAAGAUUGUGAAAGCUUGUUUCCGCAGCACAAUCUUCGCGAUUCAUCAGCGUCAACCCCUGCAAGUCCUAGUAGAAUUGAAUCUUCGGCGUUUGCCGCAGUUCAUGGGAUAGCACAUUCAAGCGCUUCUGCCUUAACAACGACUGCUCGAAAUACAUCACAUUCAGCAUCAACACAUAUGUUGGCACAAACCACGUCAUCGAAUUUCCCUAAUACGACGUAUGAGUAUAAUAAAGGAUCAUAUUAUCCCUCUUCAAGCGCUGAAUCUGAGGAAGGGCAAUUUUCAUUGCCAAUGCUACCCAACCCAUCGAGUUCUUUACUCCGAUCAAAUAAGGCUUCAACAAGCGGUGCCAAUAAUGGUAGACGUCGAAAACUAAGUAAUGUUCAGGGAAACACUAAUUCUAAUACCGACAUUGCGACAAGCGCAAUUAAUAACAGUUACCUCUCUAGAGGUAUAAAUAAGUUAAGAGUGCCUAACGAAGAAAAUCUUCCGGGAUCUUCAUCUAUCGCGAACCCAAGUGUCGUUAGCAAUGCCAACCUUUUGGAUCAGGAUGACUCCGCAGUAUCAUAUGAUAAUACUCUAGUUUUGUCAAACUAUAUACCGACAGUUGAUCCAAACGAGCCGUUAUAUUGUACCUGUCGCCAAGUGAGUUUUGGGGAAAUGAUCGGUUGCGAUGGAGAGAAUUGUCCCUUUGAGUGGUAUCAUAUUGACUGCGUUGGACUUGCCGCAGUUCCAGAAGGCAGAUGGUACUGUGAUCAUUGUACUGGUAUGUCCAGUCAGAAGAAAAGAAAAAGGGGACGUCCCGCAGCAGGAUCAGUAUCAAAAAAAUCUAAAAAACCUAAAAAAUCAAAUACCCUUGAACUAACUGAUACUGAAGAAAGUACUCCUAGUUAUAGCCCAUCAUCAUCACCACCAAAAACCCCCUCAUUUUCACAAUCGACGCAAUCUUCUCGAAAUAAAGAGAAGAAAUCAAACAAGCC